AUGGAAGGGGCACCUCGCAAGAGUGGUUUCUACUUUGCCCAGCAGUUCGGCUUUCACGGGGUUAAUGAUAUUGGUUAUACGGGGCUACAGCCGCGUCCCGACAACCAACGUAGACAGGUCGUCCAUGCAGUCUUUUCCUCAUUCCAGAAAGGAACGACUACCAAGCAUAAGAACUGCUCCCCGGGCGCAGAUGGUGGUCCCGGAGUUAGCUGCGCCCUUGACAUUUUCGGCGACUAUUCUCACGUCUAUAAUCUCACGGUGUGGAACACUGGCGGCACAACCUGGAGAGGAACUCUUCUCGACACCGUCACUGGAAAGUCUCAUGUAAUCGGCGAAUGGACGCUCCCAUCUUCCGCAGGCAAAAUACUGAACGGAGAAUCCGGUUUUUUUGAGUACUACAACUGGAACGAUGGUAAACCCAGCCACGUUUGUUCUAAGCUUCCCUUCACGCAAGUCUUCUUCGGCAACCCCACUUCAAAGACACAAGGAGCUAGUGGUGGCAACAUUACCCGCGUUUAUGAGGAAGGGGAAUGUGUCGGAAAGCUCAACCUGAAGGCCCCCCAGACUGGCAGGGGAUAUCGGAUCCAAGCUGGUUUUAAGUAA